AUGUCCCCGUAUCAUCAUGGUGAUUAUAAGAGACUGUUUCCUACAGGUGUGUUAGACAUGGACCCCUUGUUUCCCACCUUGUGCAUUUUAGACACAAGUGUGCCACAAAAUAGGCAACAAUGCCUUCUUAAGGCUUCAAAGGAGGCCAAGGCACUGGCAUCCCGAAACACAUGCUAUAAUAGAAAGACAGGCCAGGAUAAAAAGACAGCUUGUGAGGAAGCCAAAAAGAGAUGUCAGCCCAUUACCUUGACUCCAUCAGAGGUGCAGUACCUUGGCCAGCUCCAGAUUACAUUUGGAAAAUACAACGGCCAAAGUUUUAAAUGGCUGGUGGAGAACGACGUUGGCUACAUUAAGUAUCUGCUUGAUAUGCACAUAAAAGAACGUCGCCAUCAUGAAAGAAAAGCGAGCCCUGACGAGUGGGUGAAGGAUCUCCUGCUGAGGUACGUGCAGCUGUUUCCACAGGUCUCCUGCCACCUAGAGAUCAAUGUGGACAGGGCUAUUUAUGGGCAGGGCCGCUUCAGGUCAUUCACAUUCCAGGAGAUGUGGCAGUGGUACAGCCUGCACAAGUCUCUUCAGGAUGACCCACAAGCCGGGACCGACCAUGAAAGGAAAAUGGCAAAGGAGGCGCACUGCUCUGUGCAGCACUGGCUGGUGAUGAAGGUGGAGGACAUCACCACCAAGUCACUGAAGCGCUUCAGGCAGUACAUUCUCGACAAAGAGAAACCUCCACAGGACAGGGACCCUCCCGCAGCAGCUGCCAGCUCAUCAGGGUCCAAAGGUGAUGGUGGCUGGGCGGAUGACGCUCUGCUGGUGGAAGCUCUCACCUCCUUUGAAAGACAAGCAGCCGGGGAAGCUGUGGGUAGAAAAAAGUCGCCAGAAAAAGGCUCCCAUCCGGAUCUUCCACAAAAGCCAUCCACGGGCUACAUUUCACCGUAUGCUGUAAGUCCCUAGUUUGUACAUCACAAUAACCUGUUACCUCCCUGAUUCCAGGUGGGUCACCAUAAAUGGGUAGGGGCAUGCAAAAGUAUGCUUAGGUA